GGACGCUUGUCCUGGAGAUGGCUGCAAAGGAGCUGCGUGCUCCAGGCACCCCUUUCUCGCUUUCCUUUUCGGGCAGUGGGUUCCUCGUGCUGUAUCAGAUUGGGGUGGUUCAGUCCCUCCUGGAGUUGGCCCCCGAGCUGCUCAAAUCUGCCUGCAAAGUGUAUGGAUCGUCUGCCGGGUCGCUCAUCGCCGCCGCCGUGGUGUGUGGCAUCAGCCUGGAUGACCUGAAAGAAGUGUUCUAUGCAAACGCAAGGGAAGUCCGGAAAACACUGCUGGGUCCCCUGUCCCCCAAGUGCAGCUUGCUGGCCAACAUCAGGGACGUGCUGCAGUGCAGGCUCCCAGAGGAUUCCUACCAGAUGGCAUCUGGGCGGCUGCACAUCUCGCUGACACGGGUGGUGGACGGCCAGAACGUCAUGGUGUCUGAGUUCAGCUCGAAGGAGGAGCUCAUUCAGGCUCUCCUCUGCAGCUGCUUCCUUCCUAUCUACUGCGGGUUCAUCCCUCCGUCCUACCGAGGUGUGCGUUAUGUUGAUGGGGGAUUCACGGGCCUGCAGCCCGUCUCCAGCCUGGAGGAAGCUGUGAUCACUGUGUCCCCAUUCACGGGAGAGCUCGACAUCUGCCCACGGGACUGCCCUGCCAUCUUCUACUGCUUCCAGAUCUUCAAUGGCAGCAUUCAGAUUUCGGUGGAAAACCUGUGCAGGAUUAGCUAUGCUCUGUUUCCACCCAGCACCAUGGUCCUGAACGACAUUUAUUCCCAAGGGUACCAGGACACUGCCCUUUUCCUAUGCAGGAACAGUAAGUGUUAUCCCAAGACCCAAAGGGCAGCCUAAAAACACGACCCAACGUGUGGCCAACCUUUCUGUAUCUCACAGAUGCCUUUGGUGUGAACUACUUCGAUGGCAAUUUCCGCUUUGCCAGCAUGUGUGGGAAGAAUGA